CUUCUCCAAGCAGUCAGUGAAUCGGCAAGAGCAGUGCUAUUCCAAACCUGCUUUGGAGACCAACUGAGGGCGUGAAAUCACCGAGUUCAUUACCACAGGAUGCUAGGGAGGCCAAGUAUGCAAAUGGACUGGCGAGGGACAAGGUCUGUCAGUGGAGGUAGAUUCAUUACAGCUAUUAAGGUGCUUCCGUCCGGAUGCAAACCCUUUCCCAGGAAGUCCCCAAACUGCCUGCCAGCAGCUGGGAGGGACGUCGGGAAGCACAUCUUGUUUCUCCUGCUCUUCCCGUUGAUGGUGCUCUGGUCAGCAGCAUUCCGGGAAGAAUAUGGCUCAGCCAGCACCCCUGAACCAGAACCUCCCAGAUCUUGGGGGUCCAUUCUUGUACCGGGACCAGGAUGACGGAGAGAAGAGCUCGUACUCAGUGGAAACCCCUUAUGGCUUCCUGCUGGACCUUGAUUUCCUGAAAUACGUUGAUGAUAUUGAAAGUGGCCAAACACUCAAGAAAGUGCCACUGCCUCGCAGGGGGAAAGGGUCCCGUCCACCGCCCAGCACCCUGCGCAGCCCCAGCAGCCACACCAGCGCCUGGACCUCCACCGAGUCCCUGACCUCCACGGCCAGCGAGGAGGGCAGGACUGCGCUGCUGCUGUCCCCGCACGGCCGAGCGCCCCCGGAGCCUGCGAGCAAGCCAACCUCCCAGCCUGUCCCACUGCUGCCAGUGCGGCUGCUCCCACCUCCCAGCCGCAGGUGCCUGCUGCCAAACCCACGGGUGGAGAAGACCUUGCUGGAGACGAGCAGGAGGCUGGAGCAGGAGCAGGGCCGUUUGCAGGAUACUGGUGGUCCCUCCCACAGUGCCCUGCCAGGUGCCCCGGGCCAGCCACCCUACUGGGUGCCGGUGGGCACUGAGGGCCAGGCAGGCUGGGGCCGGGCGAGCCCUGGCAGCUCAGGGCGCAGCACUCCGGCUGCGGGGCUGGGCACGGCCCCGCUGCAGCACGUGCGCGAGCAGAUGGCUGCAGCCCUGCGGCAGCUCCGGGACCUGGAGGAGCAGGUGAAAACCAUCCCACUCCUGGAGAUGCAGAUCUGCGAGUUGAAGAGGGAGAAGGCAAAGUUGCUAGAGAAGCUGUCAGCAGAGCCUGGCGAGGCAGUGUAUCACCCCCCUGGCUCUGAGACAGGGGCACGGGGUGAGGAAGUGCCCCAUGCAGGGCCAGAGAGUGAAGCAGAGCCAAUGAAGGGGCGAACGAGCAAAAUUGCAGAGCUGAGGAAGCUGACAGAGAAGCUGGCUGUGCCGGAGCGGAGCAGCAGGGCUUGGCCAGGCAAGAGCCCCAGGGUGGCGGAGAGGCCAUGCCGCUCUGUGGCAGUGGGUGAGGACCGGGCCAUGACAGAUGCCGUCUUCUACUACCGGUCACAGCAGGAGAGUGGGGAUGUGCCAGACGGCACGCAGGGACGCAGGGAUGUGGCUGUCUGGGUGCUGGAGUCCUCGCUGGGGUUGGCCACGGAGGCGGAGCAGGAGCUGGAGCUGCUGCAGCAGACGGUGGGGCACCAGAAAGAGGUGAUCACCGUGAUGGAGGGGCACCUGCAGGAGGCCACGCGGGAGCUGGAGGAGCUGCGGCUGGAGGUGUGCGCCCGCCGGCCCUGCGGGCAGCUGGACAAGGAGGUGAUGGCCAAGCCGCAGGUGGCCGAGGCGCAGGUGGAGGCUGUGGUAGUGACACGGAGCCAGGCAGCUGGUGACCCCCCAAAGAUGGUGGAAGCAGGUGUGGAGUGCUGCCCCCCGACCUCCUGCAUUGCCGUGGGCUGCCGCCCCCAUGGGCAGGACGUGGCAGUGGGGCCUGAUUCAGCUGCCAGCUGCGAUGACAAGGGCAGCCAGACAGAUGUGGGCAGUGUUGUCCUGGCAGGAGAGGAGAAGGAGUCUGGUGCAGGCAAGGUGACGGAGCCUGGCCUGGGUGAAUGCCUGAGCAGCCCCGCAGCAGCGGGUGCAGGAGCUCCGGGGGAAAUGUGCCCAGACAGCCAAGGCCCUGGGCCAGCUGUGCAGGAGAUGGCACACAGCAACCAGGAGCCAUCCCCAGCACGGGACAGUGGAGCUGCCCCAAGCCCUGCAGCCGGAGCUCUGAAGUCCAUAAUGAAGAAGCGGGAUGGUCCUCCCCGGGCCAAGGCAGAGGGCAGCAAGAAGAGCCUGCAGUUCGUGGGCGUGCUGAAUGGGGAGUAUGAGAGCACAUCCAGUGAGGAGGAGGAAGAAGGCAAUAGCUCCUCUGAGAAGGCUUCAGCUGACAGUUCCAACAGUUCAGAGCAGGGAGACACUGAAACAUCAGAGGAGGAGGCUGGGGAAGGCACAUGUGAGCCCAGACUGGAGUGCCAGGGGACUGACAUGACCCUGCUGGAGCCCCCCGAGGUGAAGGAAAAGUUCGAGCUGAGCCCCAGGAUGAGGGAGGCCUGCCUCAUUGUCAAGACCCACCUGGGCCACCCUGGUGCUGCCAAGAGCAAAGAGGUGCUCGCCAGCAGCAGCCUGGUCCUGCAGGAGUGGUUCCGUCUGUCCAGCCAGAAGUCGUCCGUCCCUGACACAGUUGCCAACCACCUGCUGGCCUUUGCUGAGGUCUCACCAGCUUUCCUGGCCCAUGUGGUGAACCUGGCAGAUGGGAAUGGCAACACAGCCCUGCACUACAGUGUCUCCCACUCCAACUUCCACAUCGUGUGGCUACUGCUGGAUACAGGGAUCUGUAACGUGGACCACCAGAACAAAGCUGGGUACACUGCUCUCAUGCUGGCAGCACUGGCAGCCGUUGAGCAGGAGGAGGACAUGAAUGUGGUCAGGAGGCUCUUCAGCAUGGGCAACGUCAAUGCCAAGGCCAGCCAGGCUGGCCAGACAGCGCUGAUGUUGGCUGUCAGCCACGGCCGGCAGGAGAUGGUGGAAGCUCUGCUUGCCUGCGGGGCCGAUGUGAACCUGCAGGACGAGGAGGGCUCCACGGCGCUGAUGUGCGCCUGCGAGCACGGCCGCCUGGAGACUGUGAAGCUGCUGCUGGCUCAGCCCACCUGUGACAUCUCCAUUGUGGACAGUGACGGUAACAGCGCUGUUGCCAUCGCACUGGAGGCUGGUCACAGUGACAUCGCUGCGCUCCUCUAUGCUCACCUCAAUUUCACCAAGGCGCAGACACCCCAGGGGACUUCACCGACAGCCACAAAGAGCCCCAGGAGUCCAAAGAAGCAAAAUCAGAGUGACCUUGGGAUCCAGCCAGGGGCCACUAUCAGCACUGGGCUGUGAUUCACAUCCCCUCACCUGCCACCCCUCUGUGCCAAACCGCUCUCUGCAGCUUUAGUCCUGUCACAAGCACCGUCCCAGGGCCUCCCUUGCCCAUCUCCUCCACUGAUGCAGCCCACACAUGGCCACCUCACCACCAAGUGACUGGAGCCAAGUGACCUUGUGGUGGGACCCCAUCCCCUCUGCUCCCUGUCACAAGCACCAGAGCUGCGCCACGUUCAAACCCUCAGCAAGGAGGAACAGCAGAGAACCAGCCCAGCAGAAACAGCACCUGGUUUGUGCUCUCUGGCAGCUCUGGGAAGGCAGCAGUGCCAGUGACAUGGAGCUAGGAGGGCAAGGGACAGCUCCUGGCCCCAGCAGGGACAUGGUGCUCUGCUGGCACAUCCCAUACAGCAAUGGGAGAGGGAAUGCUGCCUUGGACAGGGGCUGGGAGCACUUCCAGACUCAAAUACUUGCCCUUCUUUUCUGGCAUUUCCUUUCCUGGCUGAAAUCUGAUUUUUUUUUUUCUCUUUUCAAUCAAAAAAAAAAACUAUAUUGCUUGGCCAAAGGAUGAAGUUCAACAUGAAAUCACUUGGGAUUUGAUUUGCUCAAUGGGAGCAAAUCCUCUUGGGGUUGCAGCAAAGUAAAAAAAGGGGCUGAGAGCCAAGGAUACAUUUGGGACUAAGCCUGCCUGAUAACCCACAAGGGGAGCAGGUCCUUCUCCCAAGAAGAGAGACCAAUCACCUCCUAAACAUUUCCCCAAUUAACCAGUCCCAGACUGUGCAGACAGCAAGAGUGCACAGCCAAGUCCCUCUCUGCCCACUUCCCAUCCCAAAAGGGAGGAGAGCAGCUGAGGACAGCACCAGGAAAAACACAUGGGCCAGAAGAGCUCAGAGCACACAGGUGGAGCCUGCAAAAGGGAACAUGUAUGUUAGAGAACGUGUCUGUGCAAGUGUGUGAGCACCGUGUGGGGUGGGAACAGGGUAAGGACAAGGACCAGAAGGAUAAAGGGUUUUGCAUGGGAAGGCAGCUCUGCUCUGAACCCUUCACAAAGGUAAUGUGUUGUGCCCCCCAUUCCUACCCACCACUCCUGUCCCUGCCUGACUUGCUCUGAGCUGGGGAACCCCCACAACCCUCCCAAGAAACUUGCUCUCAGCUUUGCACUGGAGUUAAUAUACAGCGCUCACUGCCACUCCCUAAUACACUGUUCUGUUUACUGGUAUUUUAAUACUGAUGUUUAUUUUUAAGAUAUAAAUAAAAUUUAAAGUUAUUUUGAAAUAUUACAGUGA